AUGUUUGCGUUCAAUAAGAGAUGGUUUGCUUCUGUGAGGUGGAAACCGUGACAUCCUUACUUUUAUCUCUGUAAAAUCCUUCGGAAGCGACUAAGCGUUACGAAAUGUCGUUUAAAAAUUAUCCUGGGCGCGGAGGCACUGUUAGUCACCUUUCAAGCUUUCCUCAAUACCAGAGCUUAGCAGAAACGUACGGCUGUUCUGCGGUACACAGGUCGUUCUUGUCAGAUUACUUUGCUCGGUGCUCUAGCCUUUAUCACCUUGAUUUAUUGGGACAUUAUGGUUGCGUAAAUGCUGUAGAAUUCUCAAAUAAUGGCGGAGAAUUCAUUGUUUCAGGUGGUGAUGAUCGUCGUGUUGUGGUAUGGAACAUCAAAAAGUGUGUAUAUGGAACUCAACCUCCUGUGUCAAUGAAAGGAGAACACAAGUCUAACAUUUUUUGUACUGUUUUUGACAACGAUAACAGGCACAUUUUUUCUGCUGGCAAUGACAAUCAAGCCCUUCGACAUGAUUUCACAACUGGUGAGACAGUUGGUAUGUACUAUCAUGAUGACCCAGUUUAUGGACUUAAUAUUCACCCAGAGGAUAACAAUGUGUUCCUUACAGCUUCUGAUGAUGGAAAAGUUAUGCUUUGGGAUAUAAGGACAUCUCCAGUUAGUGGUUCUUCAAUGUGUAUUGCUCAUCAUGAAGCAGCUUUCCAUGCUGCUGUUUUCAAUCCAGUGGAUCCUAGUUUGAUUGCAACAGCUAACUCCAAGAAGGGUGUCCAGCUUUGGGACAUCAGGGUUCCAAUAAGUUGUUUAAGGCAGUUCAGUUAUGGAGCACCUCAGAUGUGUGCCAUGGGGUUAAAAUGGAAUAAAACAGGUGACAUGAUAACUGCCCUUCGUCGCCGUCUUCCUCCAGUUCUCUAUCAUGUGACUCAGUCAUCAGCUGUGGCAGAGUUCCACCACCCUGGUUACAAUAAUGUGUGCACCAUGAAAAGCAACUGUUUUGCCGGAAGUAAAGAUCAGUUUGUUGUCUCUGGCUCAGACGACUUCAAUAUUUACAUUUGGGAAGUGCCAGAUGAUUGGGCAGAUCACAAUGAGGUGCUGACUAUUGGUAGGGCAUUCAUGGUACUUCAUGGUCACCGCUCUAUUGUUAACCAGGUUCGCUUCAACCCUGAGACACAUAUGCUCUUAUCAGCAGGGGUAGAGAAAGUGAUAAAGGUAUGGAGUCCUUUCCCAGUGCCAAGAGGGUGUAGCAAGAAGGAUGCCAGCCAUAAAAGCCGCCGUGAGCUUUAUUCUCAUAGCGAUUACCUAAGUUUUAUUCAGUUUGGUGGUCUACCUCUUAAUCAUGAUGAAUAUGAAAGCAAAUCAACAGUGGAAGACCCUCGUAUGUUAGCUUUCUUUGACUCUCUAAUACAACGUGAGAAAGAUAAUCUCCACUCUGACUCAGAGGACAGCUUGUUAGAUGAUUUCCAUCUUAGUUUUAUCCUUCAGCCGGAUAGCAGUGAAGAGAGUGAUAGCGAUACAACUGAGACCAGCAUGAGCCACUUGCUCCUCAGGGAACUUUUACAUCGUCCAAGCCCUGGAACAUUAGAGGGACACACAGCAACAAACAGCUCAGGGCAAGGUGUGCUUAGACGGCUGAGAAAACUCAGGGACACUGCUGUUAUUCGUGAUCUGCUUAAUGCAGAUAGCAGUAGUACAGACAGUGAAGAAGAAAGUCGUGUUAAGGUUGUUUUACCUGCAUUACCCAGUGAUCUCAAGAGUGAUGAAGACACUACACAAUCUACAGUUCAGUUUAAAAGACACAAACCUCACACAAAAAGACACUACAGAUCUCGAAACAGAUCAAAAAAUGUAGAUGAUACCUCUUCUUCAGAAAGUGCAAAUGAAAGUGACUAUAGUCAGCGAAAAAUACAAAACAGAACUGAUAAAGACAGUUCUCUUUUUGAAACCAGUAACAGCAGCGGCAGCAGCAAUAGUAGUAGUAGUAGCAGCAGCAACCACUCAGAGAGCGAUUCUAGAAAGUCAAAGGGAUCCAAAGAGAACACAGAAUCCAGCAGUGAUGAUGCUAAGAUUUGCAAGUUUUCACACAAAAGAAGAAAACUCCACAAGGCAAAUUCAAGUAAUUCAUCUAAUUGUUUGGAAACUCAGGAGAAUGUGUGCAAGGCAACUGAGGUCAACACCACUGGAUCUACAAAGACUCAUCGACAACUUGAUGGCAAUAAUAGUAAAGACAGUCAAAAUGCAAACAACAUAUUACAUGGAGAAGGGAUGAUGAAUAGUGAUAGAUAUGGAACUUCUCAAACAGAUUGCUGUUCAGAUUUGCAUGUGAAUAACGAAAAAGUUACCCCCCAUGAGAGCAGUUUGACAGAUCUUUCCAAUUACAACUCAUGUGGAAACAAGAAAAGUUUUUGUGAUCAGAGAGAUGAUCACGAGGAAUCAAGUAGAUAAUCCUCUUAAAUGUUAUCCUUUCAACUUUCAGGGUAUAGGUGGUAUACCUUUUCUUGUUAAAAAAAAUUGUAAGAAAUUGGAGUUUCCCGCAGAACACUCCCUGUUUGCUUGAUAUAUUUUUUAAAUUGCAAGGAGAAGCGACAUUCAUUUUGGAAAGUUAAGGUUUAACAAGAGUCUCACUGCUUGAUGCACAAGCGCCCAAAUAAACUUCAAGAAAGUUUAUAAACACAGGCAAAAUGGUCAAGCAUGAAGUCAUAUAUUCAUUCACGAGUCUCCCUUAAGACUCUAACCAGUUCUGAAGAACAUGUUAAACAAUAAUUGAGUUUUAUAACUUCAGUAAGAAGGGUUUAUAAGCUUUGUAUUUUAAGACUUGAUAGACAGAUCCUUCGUCUGCAUCACUCUCAGGCCCACCCCAAGCUAGUCAGUCCAUCCAAUGCCUCAAGUUAACUCUCUAAUCCUUACAUCAGUAUGCAUAUUCUCCAUACUGUUCUCCAGAGAUUUCUUAAGGUGCUAACUAUGAGAAUUCGUUGAACCAUCAAGACCUUUUUUUGGUUGGUGAUCAUUUCCUUUAUUCUCGUGACCUUAAUGUUUGAUUUAGGGGUGAUAUUGUAAGGAGAAAUUAGAUACUAGUCACUGUUAGGGAUCAAAGGGCUAAUGAUUGGUGAAAGUUGAAUAUAAUAUUCUUUGAAAUAAAGUGUUGAUGUGGGACAAUGAA